AAGUCUGGUGCUGCUGGCAAUACGUACGUUAUAUGUUUUGUCUGAACUAUGCUAUUCAUAGGCACAGACUGAGAGCUGGCAUGCAAAAGCAAGCAGCAUGCCCUCAAUCCAGGCAUAUCGUUCGAGAUCUCACGAACCAUGCGUCUCUCCUUCGUCUGGAUCCUCGGCACUGUCUGCAUUGCGGCUGUCUCGUCUAUGCCUGUCAGUGAAGAUGACCUUGCAUGCCCCAUGCUUUGCAAUUCAUUCAUAGACUGCUGCGUUAGACGUGAGUGUCUGUCGAUAUACAUACCUAGCAGUGAACAAGUUAUAAAUGUAUGUCGACUGGUGGACGUCGUUUUGGGACCGCCUACACAGGAUGAGGCAAGCCUCAGCAACUGAGCAGCACGUCGUAACCGUACUAGUACCAGCAGUGUAUGAUGGGUACUGUUCUGUGUUUCAAAGAGGAUAACCUUGAAUCAUUAAAUCAUAAAGGCAAAAUUUUCAGUUAGGC